GAAGACGAAAUUACAUGCAUGCAUGGAUACCGGCUUUUCGGACGGAUUCAUGCACUAUUUGUACGGCGUCAUUUGCAAGCGUCUCAAGCUGGAAGAAGAAGCCUUGAAAUCCUUCGAAAAUGCAGUCGAUCUUUUCCCAUUGAACUGGAGUGCCUGGCAGGAACUACUCUCAUUGACCACACACAAAUUAAUCCUAUCCAAGCUACGUCUGCCAGAUCAUUGGAUCAAAACCUUUUUCCUUGCCCAUGCAUUUCUGGAGCUUCAAGCGAUGGACGCCGCAUUGGAUGCUUGUCAAGCCCUUUUCGUCGCCGGUUUCCGACGCAGUCUUCAUGUGUGGACACUGGUCGCUGUUGCUCACAACAGCAACAGAGACUCCGAGGAGAGUUUGGAAGUUUUUCAGUUGAUCAGGAACAUUGAUCCAUAUAGACUAGAUUCGUUGGACGUGCUGUCCAAUUUGUUGUACACGAAUGAUGACAAGAAAGGACUGGAGCGACUGGCGCAGCAAGUCCUGGAGAUUGAUAGGUUCAAAGCGGAGACGUGUGUCAUAGUGGGGAACCAUUAUAGCUUGAGGGAAGCGUUUGAUAAAGCUGCGAUGUAUUUUCAUCGAGCGCUGAAGAUUAAUCCUGAGUGCUUGAGUGCCUGGACCCUUUUGGGGCACGUUUACAUGGAGAUGAAGCAGCAAAACGUGAACGCAGCCAUUCAGUGUUACCGGAGCGCAAUUGACGUGAAUCCCAGGGAUUACAGGUGGGCAGUUUUAUUGGACAAAUUGAAACGCAAGAAAGAAUCCGCAGAAGCGUUCCUCAAAUUCAUCAGCCUCGGUUGCGAGCAGGAUGGCUGCGAGGCCGAAUUUCUUCCGAUUGCUUACAAAUCCGUCGCCGAGUACAUGAUCGAGUCUGGCAAUUUAGUGGAUGCGCGGAAAUACCUCAAUUUAUUGUCCACGAGCAGCAAGAGGAAGGAAGUGCGUGAAGACUCGAAGGCCCUGGUUAAACGAUUUCGUGAAAUGAAGGCAGCUUUGGCUGCUUCUGGCGAAUCUUCAGCUUCCAUCGGAGAUGACGAACCGGAAAUCCCCGAUGAUGCUUGCGCUGACGUUGAAAUGGAGGUUGAAACUCCUACGCGCUGA